GUUAAAUUGUUGAUGCUGUCAGUGUCAUUUAACAAUAAACUAAAUAAAGUGGGAAAAAGCUGUAUUUAUUUUGAAUAUUAGCUGUUAUUUUCAGUUUAAUUUAAUCAAGACAUUACAAAUGAAGCUGCUAAAGCCCAGUUGGGUGAAUCACGAUGAUAAACCGAUAUUUUCGGUGGAUAUACACCCUACGGGGAAGCGGUUUGCGACUGGGGGUCAAGGUGGGGACUCCGGGCGGGUCGUGGUGUGGAACUUGAACCCAGUUCUCUUUGAAGCUAUGGAGGUGGAUCCUAAUGUCCCGAAGAUGCUUUGUCAGAUGGAUAAUCAUUUAGCUUGCGUAAAUUGUGUCCGUUGGAGUAAUGGAGGGAAAUAUCUAGCAUCAGGCGGAGAUGACAGACUUGUAAUGGUAUGGGGUCUCAGUGUGGCUGCUACUGCUACUCCGGGUAAACACAAGGCUGAGACUUGGCGGUGUUUGGCUACAUUGAGAGGCCAUGCAGGUGAUGUCCUGGAUCUGGCUUGGUCACCGCUAGACAAAUGGCUGGCUAGCUGUAGUGUGGACAACUCCAUCAUCAUUUGGAAUGCUGAGAAAUUUCCAGAAAUGGUCUGUGUGCUAAAUGGACACAGUGGGUUGGUGAAAGGUGUGGCUUGGGACCCAGUGGGCAAGUAUCUAGCUUCUCAGUCUGAUGACAAGUCACUGAGGGUAUGGAAGACAGCGGACUGGGCACAAGAGAUUGUGAUAACAGAACCAUUUGAGGAGUGUGGAGGUACAACACACGUUCUUCGUCUAUCCUGGUCUCCCGACGGACAGUACGUACUAUCAGCUCACGCGAUGAAUGGCGGUGGGCCCACUGCGCAGGUCGUAGAGAGAGACGGGUGGCGGUGCGACAAGGACUUUGUCGGACAUAGAAAGGCUGUUACCUGUGCUCGGUUCAAUAACAACAUAUUCGUGAAGGAAGGCAAGAAGUGUUGCUGCGCGGCCGUGGGGUCCCGGGACCGCGCGCUCAGUAUCUGGCUGACGUCACUCAAGCGACCUCUGGUCGUCGUGCACGACUUGUUCAGUGAUAGCGUGCUGGACUUGUCUUGGAGUUCUGAUGGUCUGAACCUGUUGGCGUGUAGUUCUGACGGGACGGUCGCCUGCAUACAGUUCACGAAUAAGGAGAUUGGAACGCCACUCACCAUUGAAGAAAAGAACGCAUUCUACGAAAAAAUAUACGGGAAAUGUUUGGCCAACGAGUCGGGAGGCGAUUUGUCGGCCAACUUGUUGGUCGAGUGCCCCGAGAUCUUGCUCGCGAGAGAGAAACAGGAAGCUAAGAAGGAAGCUGCUAAGGAAGAUUCCAUGCCUAAGAAUGAUAAGUCACAAGUGCCUAAAAGCCUGCUAAGUCCGUCGACGGUGUCCAGCGUGACGUCUUCCACCCCGCUCCGUCCGAUGGACCGGCAGAUAGAGACGCGUACGUCGGACGGCAAGCGACGGAUCACGCCAGUCUUCAUACCUCUCACACAGGCUGAUGCUAAUGAAUCUCUAGGCUCCCAGCCGGGCGGCACGGAGAACUGCUUCAGUACCUCGUCGCAGAGCAAGUCUCGUAUUAAGGUCGAGGUUAGAGACGAUAUCGUCAUACACCCCAACGUCAGCAACCACGCCAUCUCCAUGCAGCAGAAUAACUCCAGAACCAGCGAUAAUGGCCUAGACCAGCGCUUGCGCAAGCGCGGCGCGGCGUCCCUGCCCGGGCCGCGCGCGGACGAGCUGGGAGCGAAGCGCGCAUGCGCGGCCCCGCCCACCCCGGCGGCGGCCCCGCCCCCCGCGGCCGGCGCCGCCCUCCCCGCGCCCGCCCUCGGCACCGCCGGCCCCAUCGUACGCACCGCCGGCAUGCUGAGGCUACAGGUGGUGAACAAGGCAUGCAACACGCAGUACGGCCCGCUGUCCCGCCUACAGUUACUGCCCAACAACUCCGCGUCCAGCGACCCCGUGUGGGAAACCUAUUUAGGGUCUGCAGUGACGUGUAUAGCGUGCGACGUGCGGUGGGCGUGCGUGGCGUGCGCGGACGGCACGCUGCACGUCUGGCGCCUGCACCGACACACGGCGCACAGGGCACUGCCGCCACUCGCGCUCAUGUCCCAGGCAGCUAAGCUGACUCUAUCAGGCGACACUUUGGUGGUGGUCACUACGUCAGCGGAGCUCGCGAUGUGGAACCUAAGCACCGCCACCUGUGUCAUUCGACCUCUCUGCUUCAGGUCACUGCUCGCUCCUGGCGUAACUGUGACCAACUGCUUUUUGCUGGACGAUGGCAACCCUCACCUAUCUCUCAGUAAUGGCAAAAGCUACAUCUAUAGCAAGGAACUUUGUUCGUGGGUGGUGUGGGCGGACGCGAGUGACCCGGUGUGGCGCUGCAGCGGCGCGGCGCACGCGCGGCCCGCCAGGCACCCACUGCACACACCCGCCGCCCUGCACACACACACACGGACUGCAUUCGCCAACAGUUACAGCGCGGUGUCGGCGCGCGCGUGGCUGGAGGCGCAGGUGUCGUGCUGCGUGGCGCUGCGUCUGCCGCGCGACUACAGGCACUGGCUCACUGCACUCUUCUCGCAUCUCGUCAACCACGGCACAGAAGAUCAGCUACGAUCAAUAUUAGAUGACAUGCUGGGACCCAGCCACUGUACGUCUACUCCCAAGAAAUGGCAGUCCACGAUACUGGGCAUAAAGAAACACGAUCUUCUAGAAGAGAUGCUGGCUCUCCUAGUCCGCCAGCUUCGUUGGCAGAGGAUGUACGCCGAGUACUCCGACCAGCUUUCUGAGAUGAAGAGCAUGGGCACUGUCGUCAAUGGACACUAGCUGGUGAAGGAGCGAGACAGAUGUAUGUACUUUAUUAUGAGUUAGAGUGAGAAAAACAAUAUCGAGUGGUAAAGAAUAUCAAUUGUAUAAUGUUUUUUAUUUGCAUGUAAUUGUAAAUGUGUGAUACAAUUAAUUGUGAACUUAAAAAUAAUGCAGUAAAGUUCAUUUUUGGUAUGAUUCAACUCGUGUUUGAUGGUCGUGUUCUUUGAUCUUUUCUGUUUUUUGUAAAUUACCUACUUUAAAUCGUAAGCGUCAA